GCGCGGUGAGCACCUACCGCCGGCCGAGCAGCCCGGGCAGAGGCCGCGGCCCCUUCCCCCUGCCGGCGGGCUGUGAGCCGGUGCUCCGGGCGCCUCGGCCCGGCGCUAAAUUUAAAAACCUAACACGAGCAGCAGGCUGGUCCCAGAAAGGAAACGAAACUCGUCCCGCGCGCUGCCUCCCGGGCCCUGCCGGUCCCUGAGCACGCCGCGCCACCCGGAAUCGACCCUCCUCCCGCCAUUGUCGCGCGGCUCGGAGGCUGAGGCCCGGCCUGCGGCGCCGCGCGUGCCCGGAGAGGCGGGCGCUGUGGCCGCGGGCAUGGACGGCGGGGACGCGGUUCGCGCCCGGCAGCUCGUGUUCCUGCUUCCAGAAUAUUUAAAAGAUGCUUCAAAGAAGAUGAAACGUGGGCUUAUGUUUGUAAAGUUGGUUAACCCAUGUUCAGGGGAAGGAGCCAUUUACUUGUUCGAUGUGCGUCUACAGCAGCUGUUUGAAAUAAAAGUUUUCAAGGAAAAACACCAUUCUUGGUUUAUAAAUCAAUCAGUUGAAUCAGGAGGCCUUCUCCACUUUGCCACACCCAUGGACCCUCUGUUUCUGCUUCUCCACUACCUCGUGAAAGCUGACAAGGAGGGAAAGUUUCAACCCCUAGAUCAAGUUGUGGUAGAUGACGUCUUUCCGAAUUGCAUCUUGUUGCUGAAACUUCCUGAACUUGAGAAGUUACUUCACCACGUGACAGAGGAAAAAGAAAUAGACAACAAGAAAUAUUACAAAUACAGCAAAGAGAAGACAUUAAAGUGGCUGGAAAAAAAGGUUAAACAAACUGUGGCAGCAUUAAAAACCAAUAAUGUAAAUGUCAGCGCCCGGGUACAGUCAACUGCAUUUUUCUCUGGUGAUCAAGUUUCCAGGGACAAGGAAGAGGAUUAUAUUCAUUAUGCCCAUGGUCUGAUAUCUGAUUACAUCCCUAAAGAAUUAAGUGAUGACUUAUCUAAAUACCUAAAGCUUCCAGAGCCUCCAGCUUCAUUGCCAAGUCCUCCGUCAAAGAUGGCAGCACAAAGACGGAAAAGGGACAAGUGACAGUGGCUUCUUGCAAGACCUGGCUGCUUCCCCUGCAACUUCAGAUGCGCCCAAAGAGUUCAGAGUUUUUCUUCUGCGCUUUCCAGAAAAGCACCAAGUGCCAAAAGGUUUAUUUUAAAGCGCUAACCAUGAACGCUCCAUUGCUUUGAUCGAUACCAGCAGUCUGUGGGCAGCAGCAUUGCUCCCUGGAGCCCUCGGCAAGGCGGUUCUGUCGCAGAGCUGGAAAGCACCCCAGAGAGUGCCUCUGCCCACAGCCGGAGGGGCUCCAGCCGCAUCUCCCUCUGCCUCAGCCUUUGCCCCCAGAAACGUGGGCAUCUUCCCGGUACAGUGCUUCAGGUUCCAACCGUGCAGAGGACAAGGCUCACUGUGACAUUCGGGUGGUUCAUUGAGCCUGACCAUACUUGGGUCAGGCCCGCAUGUUUUAGGUAUGACUGUUGGUGACUUAAGCACUUGAUUCCACCCUGAAAGCUUUGGCAAACCAAGUUUCAACCCUUACUUUAAAUACUUACAAAAACCUGACCUUUCUUUACUCCAUAUCAAUUUGGCAGCUUCUAAUUCAUAGUAAUACCCAAACAUGUGCAUUUUAUGAUCUCCUGGUGUUAUAAACAUUGCUUCAUUUUGAA